AUGGCAACAACUAUCCCCUCCCGGAACCGCAUCGAGCCCGGCUCCGUCAACGUACCCGUGGGCAAAUUCCCCGCAACCAGCCAAUCCCUCUCCGUUGACCCAAACGAAAUAGCCUCCGACAUCCUCCACCAAUUCAACGCACUCCUCUCCAAGAAGGACUACCAAGGCCUCGCCAAUCUCUUCCUCGAAGACGGCUAUUGGCGCGACCACCUCUGCGUGUCGUGGGACUUCCGCACCAUCAAUGGCAGAGAAAAGAUUGCCGAUUUCGUCCAGGACUCCAAUGUUACUCAGAUCGAUAUCGAUCGCUCGUCUACUUACCGGGCACCAAAGAUCGGACCGAUUGAUGCGUUUGGUGAUGUGAUUGGAAUUGAGUUCUUCACGAAUGUUUCGACGGAGGUCGGACGGGGUCAGGGUAUUACGCGGUUGGUUGAGAAGGAUGGGCAGUGGAAGAUUUUUAUCGUUUUUACGUCGUUGCAGGAGUUGAAGGGUCAUGAGGAGGGUUUGUAUGAGCGUCGGCCUAAGGGUGUGCAGCAUGGACAGCAUCAGGAGAGUAAGAAUUGGAAGGAUAGGCGGGCUGCGGAUUUGAAUUAUGAGGACAAGGAGCCUGCUGUCGUUAUCAUUGGCGCCGGCCAAGCUGGCCUAACAGCAGCCGCCCGACUCAAAAUGCUCAACGUCGACACCCUUGUCGUCGACAAAGAAGACAGUGUCGGCGACGCCUGGCGCAGACGAUACUACCAGCUCGUCCUCCACGAUCCAGUCUGGUACGACCACAUGCCCUACGUCCCCUUCCCAGCGCACUGGCCCGUCUUCACGCCGAAAGACAAACUCGCCGAAUUCUUCGAAUGCUAUGUGAAAAUGCUCGAACUGAAUGUCUGGACAACCACCACCAUGACCUCGUCUUCUUGGAGCGACGAGACGAAGCAAUGGACCCUCACCCUCCAACGCCAAAAGGCAGACGGUACCGUGGAAACCCGCACCCUGCACCCGCGCCACGUCAUCCAAGCCACCGGCCACUCGGGCAAGAAGAGCCAGCCCACCUUCAAAGGACAAGAAAGUUUCCAAGGCGACCGCCUCUGCCACAGCUCUGAAUUCCCCGGCGCAAACCCAGAGUCCAAGGGUAAGAAGGCCGUGGUUAUCGGAUCCUGCAACUCAGGCCACGACAUCGCACAGGACUUCUAUGAAAAGGGCUACGACAUCACCAUGGUCCAGCGCAGCACCACAUGCGUGAUUUCCUCCGACGCCCUCGGCGAGAUCGCUAUGAAGGGCCUGUACGAGGAAAGCGGGCCCCAAACCGAAGAAGCAGACCUGUAUCUCUGGAGUUUCCCGUCCACCCUCUUCAAAGCGCAACAGGUCAAGAUCACCCAGCUCGAGAAUAAACACGACGCGCCUAUCCUCGAGGGUCUCGAGAAGGCUGGCUUCAAGGUCGACCGCGGCCCUGACGACGCGGGUCUGUUACUCAAGUACUUCCAGCGUGGCGGUGGUUAUUACAUCGACGUUGGGGCGUCGCAGAUGAUCGCGGACGGCAAGAUUAAGAUCAAGCAGGGACAGGAAAUCACCGAGGUCCUGCCCCGGGGAUUGCGCUUCGCCGAUGGCACAGAGCUAGAAGCGGAUGAGAUCGUCUUCGCGACGGGGUACCAGAACAUGCGGACGCAAGCGCGGAUUACCUUCGGCGACGAGGUGGCAGACCGGAUUGGUAAUAUCUGGGGCUUUGACGAGGAGGGUGAAAUGAGGACUGUUUGGCGACGAACGGGACACCCUGGAUUCUGGUUCAUGGGUGGUAAUCUGGCGCUUUGUCGGUAUUAUUCGCGGUUGUUGGCAUUGCAGAUCAAGGGUAUUGAAGAGGGCUUGUCUGCUUAG